CUUAAAUACAUACAUAUAUAGUACAUAAGUGUUUUAUCUAACUCAAACAGAUCCUCAAACGAUGUGUGUUAGGCAAUUUAAUCGUGUGCAUUCUUGUUUGGCUUAGCAAAAAGCAAAAGAUAUCUGUCUCUCUAUAAAAGCUCUGAUUAACGAGUAGAGAAAACUACUUGUUAUAAAUAGUUAUUCAAUAUUUGUACACCGUGUAUAAGAGGUGUAACGAUGUUAAAAUCGACGUAAAAUUUGAUAAUGAAAGACACAUCGAAAAUGAAAAGUAAUACGUUGUAUUUAAAAUGAUAUUGGAUAUUUAUAGCGACGUAAACGAAUUGAGAAAAUAUUGAAUUAGCGUUGCCGACAAAGGUUCUGAAAACGUUAUAUGCAUCGCGUUUAACCUGUUUUCUGGUUUCAUUUGUUAAAGCAGGUUUUUAUAUUAAGCAAAAGAAAAUGAAGUUUGCCGAGCACUUGUCUGCCCAUAUUACACCUGAAUGGCGUAAACAAUAUAUUAGCUAUGAGGAAAUGAAGGCAAUGUUAUACACUGCUAUAGAAGAAGCACCUUCAGUUGAAAGUGUUGAACCUGAAGUGAUAUCUCGUCACUUUGCCUCAUUUGAUGAAGUAUUUUUUACAUUUUGCGAUCGUGAAUUAAAGAAAAUUAAUACUUUUUACUCUGAAAAGUUGGCAGAAGCAACACGUAAAUAUGCAGCUCUACAAAGUGAAUUGAAAAUUGCAUUAGAAUUGCAACACGGUGGAGGAAAACAUAAAGGGAAAGCAACAGUUAAAGCCCACUUGCCAACAAGGAAAUUGAGGGAAUUGAAGCUUGCAUUUUCAGAAUUCUAUUUGUCCCUUAUACUUCUACAAAACUAUCAAAAUCUUAAUUACACCGGUUUUCGGAAAAUUCUUAAGAAGCACGAUAAGUUAUUGUCAGUAGACACCGGCUCAAAAUGGAGGGUAGAAUGCGUAGAAACAGCACAUUUUUAUACAUCAAAAGACAUAGACAGGCUUAUACAAGAGACGGAAGCUACGGUAACAAACGAUUUAGAAGGUGGAGACAGACAACGGGCUAUGAAACGUUUACGCGUACCACCUUUAGGCGAGCAUCAGAGUCCAUGGACAACUUUUAAAGUUGGUUUAUUUUCCGGUAGUUUCAUUGUCCUGUUCGUAGCAGUGAUACUCUCAGCAAUUUUUCACGAUGGUGGAGAAAACUUAAAAAUUGCAUUUAGAUUAUAUCGCGGACCUUUACUUAUUGUACAACUUUUAUUCCUUAUCGGGGUGAAUGUUUAUGGAUGGAGAUCAUCGGGUGUAAAUCAUGUACUUAUAUUUGAAUUGGAUCCACGAAAUCAUCUAUCCGAACAACAUCUUAUGGAAUUAGCUGCUGUUCUUGGAGUGAUAUGGACUCUAAGUUUAUUGAGCUUUUUAUACAGCGCUAGUUUAAGCAUUCCACCGUUUGUAAAUCCGUUAGUUUUAGUCUGUAUCAUGUUGGCAUUUCUACUAAAUCCAUUAAAAAUGUUCCGUCACGAGGCACGAUUUUGGUUGUUAAAAGUUAUUGGACGAGUUUUAAUAUCACCAUUCGCAUAUGUGACUUUUGCUGAUUUCUGGUUAGCAGAUCAGUUGAACAGCAUGGCCACAGCGUUGCUAGACUUUCAUUUUUUGACAUGUUUUUACGUUACUAAUGGGAAUUGGUUGGAAGCAAGCGAUACCACGCAAUGUAUGACUGGUUCCUUAAUAAUUAGGCCUAUAGUUAAUUGUCUACCAGCGUGGUUUCGUUUUGCGCAAUGCAUUCGACGUUACCGAGACUCCAAAGAAGCAUUCCCACAUUUAGCCAAUGCUGGGAAAUAUGCAACAACAUUCCUCGUUGUUAUAUCUAAUACUAUGUGCGCCUAUCGUACUGUGGAAUAUCAAACUCGGUGGGAGAAUCCAUGGUUGUGGUUUUGGAUGAUUAGUUGUUUCGUCAAUUCUGUAUAUUCCUUAACUUGGGAUCUAAAGAUGGAUUGGGGUCUUUUAGAUAGCAAUGCUGGCGAAAAUAAAUUUUUACGUGAAGAAGUUGUGUAUUCAGCAGCGGGAUUCUAUUAUUUCGCUAUAAUCGAAGAUUUUAUUUUAAGAUUUUCAUGGAUUGCUAGUUUUGUUCUCGUUGAAUGCGGUUACGUAUCCAGCGACUUAAUGACGUCCGUAGUAGCACCCCUUGAAGUGUUUAGGCGAUUUGUUUGGAAUUUUUUCCGUUUAGAAAACGAACAUUUAAACAAUUGUGGUAAAUUUCGUGCUGUUCGUGAUAUAUCUAUAGCGCCGAUUGAAAGUUCCGAUCAAACACAGAUUUUACGUAUGAUGGAUGAAGAAAACGGUGUACUUAAUAGAGGCAAACGUAAAAUGGGUGGUAAACGACAAACUAACACCAAAGAGGACAAGCGAGCAUUGCUCAAAGAAGAAACUAUUGAUAUUGAUAUAUCUAAUGCUAGUUGAAAUCCUUUAAAUGGAUUUAUCGCAGGAAAAUCCAAUUUCAAGGAAUACUGUUACAAAUUCAUGAUUACUUUUGUAAGAAUUUCUAACUAGUUACAAUGAAAAUGCAUCGAAUUUUAGGUUUUCGAAUUUAUCAAAAUUGAAGACUUAAUUUAAAAUUAUUACAAGUGCCUUGUAUGUUGUCCUUAGAUUGAGUUUAAUAAUUUAAUGCCACAGUAAUUAAGCUACAGCGUCUUCCAUUUAAAAGUAUUCUGGCACUUAAUGCAUGACCUAUUGCUAAUAAUGUAGUUUAAAAGAUACCUUUAAGGAAUAUAUAUUAAGUUAGAUAUUGAACAAUUUUUACAUUAUUUUUGUAAUUCUUACAGGUAAUUAGCAUUAAAUUAACAAACACUUUUAGAGGAAAACAGGUAUUUAUCUAUAAGUAGUAAAUAGUAUAUGUUAAUAACGUGUGUACUUGUCAAGUAUUAUAGUCUUCAAUUUUGAAUAGCAAAUGCCUGAAGUGAAAAUCCCAAACAUAUAACGUGGCAUAGGAAAUUGUAUAUAUGUAUAACUGUACAUUGUAGAAACGGGGAUUCUCAUGAUAAUACCAUUUAACUUGAAACUUAGUUAUAAAGGAAUCUGAAUUAAUGAACAUAGUGAAUGUAAAACAGUGUUUAUAUGUAUAGUACUGUCUUUUGUUUAGGAACAUUUUUCAAGGAUGAACUAGAUCUUGUAUUUAAAUUUGAUACCAAGUACUUAAUAACGCUGCAUCGUAGUAUUUUUAACAAAAGUAGGUAAUCAAUAUUGGAGAAUUCAAGAAAUGUCGAUAUAUAGUGUUAAUGGUAGCGAUAUAUGAAAUUAUGUUCUGCAUUUGACAUUAAAAGCAUAAAUAAAUAAAUUUUAAUCAACUUAUUUUUUUUAUACAUUUUGCAUGAAAGACACUUUAAAAGAUAUUCUAUAAUUUGCAGAAAAAAUAAUUAGAUAUCAGUACUUUGAUUUUAUUCACUAUGUUACUAAUUUACUUAAUCAAUUAUAAAAAUGUUCAUUAUGACAUUAAUGUAUAAAUGCAUUAAAUGUUAAAUUCCAAUAAUUGUGAUAGUUUUACACGGGUUUUUAUAUGCUUUGUUAUAGAAAUAGUAAUGGCUAUUAUCAUGAACAAGAAUUAUUCGUAUUGCAAAAUGUUCAAUAUUUUUGUAUUUUGUAUAUAAUGUACAUACCAAUUAUAUAUCUUACUUGAAAUAUGGGCAAUAUGUACUACAUGUGAUUA